AUGAGUCGCUUCGACGCAUAUGAGGGCUCCGAGGGCUACUCGGAAGAAGACAAGAGCAAGGUCGCCACCGGUGGUGGCCUUGGCCUGCCGGGCUCUGGCGGUCUCGAGACCGGCCGCAUCGACAGCAUCCCAACGUCCACCGACUCGGACUUUCGUGCCAUCGACCCGGACUCGGGUGUCAAGCGUGGUCUCAAGACCCGCCACCUGUCCAUGAUGGCCUUGGCAGGCAUCAUUGGCCCCGGCCUGCUCGUCGGUUCGGGCGGUGCUCUGUCCAGCGGUGGCCCCGCAGCUUUGCUCAUUGGUUUCGGCGUGAUUGGCAUCAUCGCAUUCAGCAUCAUGCAGAGUCUGGGAGAGCUCACUACGCUCUACCCUACUGGUGGAGCCUUCACUGGUCUCGCUGACCGCUUUGUGGACAAGGGCUUUGGUGUUGCCGUUGGCUACAGCUACUGGUUCACCUGGGUCUGCGUCUUGGCCAACGAGUACAACGUUAUUACCUCCAUCUUUACAUACUGGUCUGACAAGGUCCCUCAGUGGGGCUACUUUCUCAUUUUCUGGUUUGCGUUCUUGGCCUUCCAGCUCCUUGGUGUCGAGUCCUUUGGCGAGGCCGAGUUCUGGCUCGCUUUGGUCAAGCUCGUCGGUCUCCUUGCAUACUUCAUCUUCUCCAUUGUCUACGUCUCUGGUGGUGUGAACGGUGAUGCUGUCGGCUUCCGCUACUGGCACGACCCCGGUCCGUGGUCGAACGGCUUCCGCGGUGUUGCCGUCGUGUUCGUCUACUGCUCGACGUUUUACGCCGGUGUCGAGUCGGUUGCCGUCGCUGCCACCGAGUGCCGUAACCCCCGCCGUGCCGUCCCGCUCGCCAUCCGUCAGACCUUUUGGCGUAUCGUGUUUGUCUACAUGGGUUCGGCCUUCUUCUUCGGCAUCACCUGCCCCUCGAACGCCGACGGCCUCGUCAACGGUGCCUCGCGCGCGCUCAAGUCGCCCAUGACCAUUGCCAUCCAGACUGCUGGCUGGAACGGCGGCGUCCACCUCAUCAACGCGUUCAUCUUCAUCACCUGUCUGUCGGCGUGCAACUCGUCCAUCUACAUUGGCUCGCGCACGCUCCUCUACAUGGGCCAGAACCGCAAGGCGCCCAAGAUCCUCGGCUGGACCAGCAAGCGCGGUGUCCCCAUCCCCGCCAUCGUCGUGACCAACCUCUUUGGCUGUCUCUCCAUGAUGAACCUGUCCACCGGUGCCGGCGAGGCUUACGGAUACAUUGUCAACCUGUCCGGUGUCGCCACUUUCCUCGUCUGGGGCGCCAUCUCGUUUGUCCACAUCCGUUUCCGCAAGGGAUGGAAGGCGCAGGGCUACUCGGUCUCGGACCUCCCGUUCAAGUCGUGGUUGUUCCCCUGGAACGCCUACUUUGGCCUUGCCGCCAACAUCUUCCUCGCCCUCGUCCAGGGCUGGACCAGCCUGUCGCCCUUCAACGCCGGCAACUUUGUCGACGCGUACAUUCUGCUUCCCGUCUUCGCCCUCAUCUGGUUUGGCUACAAGCUCAUCUUCAAGACCCACUUCUGGCGUGCCGACGAGAUGGACCUCCAGACCGGUCGCCGCAAGGACGUGGACAUGCUCGUCGAGAUCCAGGAGGGCGAGUUUACCAAGAAACAGCCUCUGUGGAAGCGUCUUGCUCGCAACGCUUAG